UUUCCUCAAAAAAAUACAAUAAAAAUUCCUCAUUCUAUUUUUAGUAAAUCAUUGUUACUUAAAUCAAAUGGCAGUUUAUUUGUCAAAGGUGAUAAGGUUAAUUUGACAUUUGUUUUCAGCCAGAGAUGGGAAAGAUCACAUUCUGAAAACAUGUAGCUACUAGGUGACAUAUACCUGAAUAACGAUUAAAAUGAAUUCUACAUAUUGUUUUUGUUUGAAUGUCAUUGUCAGCAGUCACGUGUGAUAUUUUUAACAAAAAAAAAUUCUCCUGUGAUGUUGUGUGCAGAAGGGCAUGGAGCCAGUUCUUGCAAUUGGCUUUGACAUUAAAGAGAUUCCUAAGAAAGUGAAUUGGGAAGAAUACAUUCCACAGGACUCAGAUCAGUGGGAGUCACAGAUGGUUGUAUCUAGAAUGUUUGAUGAGAGGCCUAUAUGGCCCAAAGAUUCACUUACUGAACGCUUGAUUGAUAAGGGCUUAAGCUUUUCUCAUGGCAUGCUCAGAAGGCUUCUAUCUAGAAUUUCUUAUUACUUUUCUAGUGGUCCAUUUCUAAGGUUUUGGAUCAAGAAAGGAUAUGAUCCACGCAAAGACCCUGGUUCUCGCAUGUAAGACUUACUCCUAAUUUCUAAAUGAUAU